AUGAGAAUUACCACACUUACUUCUAUUUUUGCGGCCUCGCAGCUAUUAGCUGGUGGUGAAGCAUGCCCUUUCCACUUGAACGACGACGAGCACUCCUCGCCAUCCAUCAACAAUGUCAGGCGGUCCAUGCCGACGAAUAGCACCAAAACUUCUAUUCAAGACAUUCAGGUUUUCAACGGGAGAAAAUUUGGAAAGCCCCAAACAGUUUGUCUCGAUGAUGGGCACAUCACUAGCUUCGGCCGUUGCGCCGGGGCGAAAACGAUUGUAAACGGAACCGGCAAGUUUCUCAUUCCUGGCUUAAUCGACAAUCACGUCCAUUUGACCGACGUUCGCUCCCUCGAAGACUACACUUCGUACGGGUGUACAACCGCCAUGCACAUGAACUGCGCAAACUUCACGCAGUGUGCUACCCUCGCGCGUCAGUCGGGUCUCGCGUCGUUCCUCUACGCCAGCAUGGCUGCUGUCGGCAACGGCAGUCUGCACUCGAAACAACAAGCCGGACGCGCCAAUAAUACGCUAAUUUAUCCAAGUACGGACGUUGUGGAAUGGACGAAAUGGCAAUUCAACAACGGCAGCCACUUUUUGAAAAUCACCGCCGAAGUCGAUGGGCCGUCUCUGGAGCAGCAAACUAAGAUGGUUGAGACCGCACAUAACGAAUACCGAAGACAGACCAUGACGCAUGCCUCUCAGAUCGCGGCAUACCAGCAAGCUGCAGACUCGAAGACCAACGGCAUUCAGCACGUUCCGGAUGACGGUGUUCUGGGCCAAGAUGUGAUCAAGCAGAUUCUGAGCCAACAUCAAUACGUUACGCCUACAUUGAACAUCUUCGAAUACGGCUACCGAGAUGCUGUCCUGUCGAAGUUCUUGAACAUCCAACCAGGAAGCAACCGUACACUCGACAACGCUCACACGAAUGCUCGCCUCCUUCAUGAAGCUGGCGUGCCUAUUCUCGCUGGCACCGACGCCGUUGGCAUAUUGAAGCAGGGCAACGCCACAGCCUCAGUUCCCUUCGGUCUAACCCUUCAUUUUGAGCUCGAGAACCUUGUCAAAUACCUGGGCAUGUCCCCCGCCGAAGCUAUCAACUCUGCUACUCGCAAAGCCGCCAAUUGGCACCGUGUCCCUGACAGGGGCUCCAUCGAGAUUGGCAAGAGGGCUGACUUGGUGAUGCUCAACUCCAACCCUUUGGUUGACAUCAGCAACACUCAAGACAUUGCUCGGAUCUGGGUAUUUGGCUAUGAGGCUCCAGUUUACGCGAAAAACGGUACCGCUAAGAAUCCAGGAGCUUAA